GUAAGAAUUUGACAUAAGGUUGACUGAAAUUGACUGAAUAUACAUAUUUGAUGUAAGUAGUGGAAGUCUGUCGAUGCUCUGCACGCUUAACAUAAAAUCGCCUUCGUUCUGUGGAUACAAUUAUAAUUUCAUGUGCUGUGGCAUGUGAAAAUAUUUACAUUACUCGACACUUGUCGUGGCACGCGAUAAUUACAGUAAUUUAUAUGCCCAUCCGGGGAAUAAUUAUUGUCGGCCAUGUUCUAUGCAUCAGAUAGCGCGAGCCUAGUUGAAUGAGUUUCGAGUGACAGUCGUUGGCCAGGAUGUGGCUUCAGUUCCAUUGAAAUGUCUCGGCUGAAGAGGGCUUUCCGCAAGACGCUCGUCGAGUUCUUCAAGAAGACGAGCCUGAAUGGCUUCGGCUUGCUCUACUUUAUUCGUCGGCGGCCGUAUCAGCGCAUCUUCUGGUUCCUUUUCAUAGCCACGGGCAUCUCGGGGGCCACAUUUGUGGUCUGUACGACGCUGCUGCAGUUCUUGGCCAGGCCCACAGUGACGUCCUUGUCCGAGGCGAGCUUCGAGUCCGUGGAGUCGUUGCCGUUUCCUGCUCUAAGCAUUUGCAGUGCGAACAAGCUGAGUCGCCAGCGCCUGGAGGCAUUUGCCGAGCAGCUGGCGUUGACUAACGGAAAGUCUAGAGCGGAUUGGCUUAAACAGCUGCAGCUGCUCGCUGGCUACUUUUAUCCUUUGGCCGUUUCAGCUACGGCAGCGGCUGAGCUGCAGGCUGCCUUGGCUGCUCUCUGGCCUCUGGAUGUGCGCAGGCAGCUGCUGCACUUCUCGCCCAGCUGCGAGAGUUUGCUGCUCAGCUGCCACGUGGAUGGAGUUGCCAGCAAUUGCUCCGAGCUCUUUCGGCUAACGCCCAGCCUUGAGGGCAGCUGCUGUGUCCUGCAGCGCACAGACCGCAUCUCAAAUGCUCUGAGGCUGCGUCUGAAUGCCUCCCAUGCUGAUGAUUUCCAUAUGCCGCGUCCUGGCUUCAGCUCUGCCUUCAGCCUGCAUCUGCCUGGCUGGCUGGGCCGAGCCACUCUCGCACCUGGCGAAGCCUCAGCUCUGCAUUUACGUCCGCUCCAUUUGAAAGCCGAUCCCCAACUACGUGAUUAUCCCUUGACCCAGCGUGGCUGUCAUUUUCCCGAGGAAGCCGAGCAUCUGGUGCAGUGCUUGCCCCAGUGUCGCCUACGCAGCACCGUUGCUGCCUGCAACUGCGCGCCGUUUGUCUACGACCUGUCCUCGGCCGAUGGUCAGCUGGAGAACGUGAGCUACUGUAAUUUGGCACACACGGCCUGCCUGCAGUCGGUGGAGGGUAAGCAGUCAUAAAGGAUCUUAACAGAGAGCUAACAUUAUAGCACCAGACUGGGUUUAUGGUCAAUAAGAAAGGUUUUAUUAUGGCAAUGAACGAAAGUCUUUAAUGUGGGCAUUGUAGUUGGAUGUGGCUGGCCAUGUGUUGAGUUGUUGGUGAGGUAGAGGCUCAGAGAUGGCUGGCGUUGGCUGAGGAGUAGUUCUUAAUUAGGUAUGUAGAGAGAGAGAGACUAGUUAGCAGUUGAGCCUAACUACAGCUACUUCCAUUCUUUUGUUGGCCACAAACAGCGUAGAUAGUAGCUGGCAUAUGGUGUUUUUUUCUGUCUAUUUAAGGUUUUUGUUUUG